UGAGGAGAAGCUUGGCGCCUGUGUCGCCAGAUGUCAGGCCGGGUGGCGCCCACCGGGAGUAGCGGUACUAAGUAUUAAUUGUCCUUGUAGACAGUGAGGGGAUCAACAACUAGGAUGGGAAGUCCCAGAAUCCAGUUCAGAGGGUCCUUGACCACCUCUGAUCCACGAAAAUGCCCUGUGAUGAUAAUUGGCCAAUUAGGACAUCUUGCUGGCCUUUCGUUUAGUGAUGUGGCAUCAAAACUACAACCUCGUGUAGAUGAAGAGUCGUGGACAUUGUCGGUGAAUAGCCUUCAGCCUUCUCCAACAGACUACUGCUCACUUUACCUAAAUCUUGCAACUGUAGCGGCUCUUCCUCUGAAGUGUUCUAGACACAACACGCCUUCUAGAACUCAUUCACUAACGAAGAUUAUCAAAACGCAUUCAACAGGUGCUGAAGAAUGCAUUGUGCUUGUUUGUGAGCGAGCAGACCUUUUUGCAAGUGUGUGUGGUGUUGCAAGAGCAUAUCCAACCUACUCACGGAAGACUGCCACAGGCUCUUCAUCAGACCAUGCAGUGACUGUGGAAGUAUUGUUAGUUGGAAAAGAAGAUACUCCAGUUAUGGAUGAGGAUAUUAAAGCGUUGAAUGAUGCUGUUUAUGGUGUUCGUCUUGCGGCCAGGAUUGUUGACUCGCCAGCCAAUGAGAUGCACACAGAUGCCUUUAUUGAAGAAGUGCAGAAGGUGGCACAAGUUUUGGGAAUCAAACCCCUAAUUAUUAGAGGCGAGGAGCUGGCUGCUAAAGGUUUUGGUGGUAUAUAUGGUGUAGGAAAAGCCGCUCUCCAUCCUCCAGCUCUUGUUGUGCUUUCUCACACCCCACCUGGUGGAAGUGAAAAUAUUGCCUGGGUUGGCAAGGGUAUUGUCUAUGACACCGGCGGCCUAAGUAUUAAAACCAAGACAAGCAUGCCUGGUAUGAAGCGAGAUUGUGGAGGUGCGGCAGCAAUAUUAGGAGCCUUUUAUGUUGCUGUUCAAGCAGGUUUUACACAAAACCUUCAUGCUGUGUUUUGUUUAGCUGAAAAUGCCGUUGGACCAAACGCAACCAAGCCAGAUGAUAUUCAUACAUUAUAUUCAGGAAGAACUGUAGAAAUCAACAAUACUGAUGCUGAGGGUCGUCUUGUGUUGAGUGAUGGAGUGGCAUAUGCCGCAAAAGACUUGCACUGCACAACCAUCCUGGAUAUGGCUACACUUACAGGCGCACAAGGAACUGCAACAGGCAAAUUCCAUGGAGCAGUGAUAACUAACUCACAAGAGUGGGAGGAGGCGGCAGUAACAGCUGGGCAAGCUUCUGGGGAUCUAAUACACCCUCUUCCUUAUUCUCCAGAACUUCAUUUUGCAGAGUUUGCCUCUGCUGUAGCAGAUAUGAAGAAUUCUGUGGCAGACCGGACAAAUGCAACUUCUUCCUGCGCUGGUCUUUUCAUUGCAGCUCAUCUAGGUUUUGAUUUUCCAGGAAACUGGAUUCACGUUGAUAUGGCAUAUCCAGUUCAUAGUGGUGAGAGAGCUACAGGCUAUGGUGUGGCCUUAUUACCAGCUCUCUUUGGUCAUUACUCCCAAAGCAGAAUUCUCCGUAAUCUAGCACCCAAAUCAACCGAAAAUGGAGAGUGCGAAAAUGACUGCAAUGCUUCGAAGAAGAUGAGAUUAUCCUAGUGUUUUAAACUGUCAGUAAUAUAUCGGUACAAGUGUAAUUGUAAAAUAGUAUUCUUUUGACAAUAAUGCCUUCCGACUUUAGCCUUUGUGAAAUUUUCUCUCGACUGUAUUGUGUUCUAUCCACUUUCAGUUACAGCCAUAUUAAUGGGACGUCUCAGGUAACAUCACUAGGAGUAUUUAUGAUCAUUUAAAAUUCAAGAGUCUUGAGUCUUUAAUUGCCAUGUUGUACCCACAGUUGAAAAUUACUUACACUACCAUCAACAGUUUGAUGUAUUUUAAUGUUAAUCAGAAUUCAUGUUACUCAGCCUAUCCAACAGGCAAAAUAUGCUUGAGUAAUAUUAAAUCAACUUGAGAUAGUUUGACAUGUUGCAUAAUAACAGGACUAUAUUUAACAUUGUGAAUGUUGAUUUAAUGAUAACUGCCAUUUUCCCAGAUUUUCCCGGGAGAUUGCAAGGCAGUUUUUUGUCACUAUUUAGAACUUUUCUAACAAGUGAAUCAAAUUUUUAGCAAGUAUUUAUGGAAUAUGUUUUUGUUUUAAUAUUAGUGAAAAAGUAUCUUAGUUUUAAAUUCAUGAAGCAGUUCUUGCUGUGCUUCUUGGUUUAUUUCUUUCAGUUGUAUAUGAGAUUAUAUUUACAUUAAGUAAGAAUGUUUAAAGAAGAUAUAUUUGGGGUUAUACAUUCACAAAAGACCGAGUGUUACCAGUUAUAUUUUCUCAUUCUUUUUUUUAUCUAUACUCAAAACUAUUUACAAUUAAUUUAUAUGUAUUCACUUAACUAAAGCCUAUUUGAUUGGUAGAAAUAUGGUGCACAAAUAUCAGUUUGACUUGUGAAUAGAAAGUUACUGGCGAGUAAUAGUGGGUGGGUGAUCCCAGUGGGUGCCCCGCUAGGAUCAUGUAGCUCAUCCUUGAAGGAUGGAGCACUCCUGGUCUCUCUCCUAUCCUUUGGCCAGACUCGUGCUUGACGGCCGCUCUCCAGGUCGUCAGAGCAUUCCCGUCACCAUUUAGAGACUGUGUUCCAGAAGUGGGUUCUAACUGCUGCAUUUAUGUUGUGCACCAAGUGCAAAGCACGGAUCUCAAGUUAUUCAAAGUGUUGUCAGUGUUUAAUGUGUUUCAUAAUAACAGGAAAUGGGAUGUACAGGUCAUCUUUUGUAGUACCUGCACGUGGGACAAAAGAACAAAUCCGAUCAACACCAAUAGUUGCUAAAGUUAUUGUAAAUAAGCAGCUCAACAGUUUGGCUAAUACAAAAAAAUCUUAUGGUGAGUAUUACCUUUAUUUUCUUAAUUUUAAAAAACAAUAAGUAGAUUCAUUACGAUAAUGAUUUCCCAGCUAUUCUUAAAGAUGCCAUGUUGGCAAAACAUUGAAUAAACUGAGGUUCCUGCUCUGCACUAUAAGAUAAACAUACAGGAAAAUGCAAAACAUGCCUAUUGGCCUGUGUAAGGAAGCUUGGAUUUAUAUCAAGCUAGUCCCAUUUAUGUACUUACCUAUCCAAAGCUUCAAACUUUUCAGUGAGUUUGAUGUUAUUUGGUAACCUGUUCCACGGAGUUCAAUUUUUUGAGUCAAUGUUGAUCAUACAGUAAUCAUUUCUGUCAAAAGUUCUACAAUGGGAAUCUGUUGUUUCAUAUUCUAACUUGGGUCGAUAUUUUUUAACCCCUUCAUCGAUUGUACACUUCAGUCACGGCCUAUAAGUCACGCCCUAUAAGUUCUAUACCUUUCGUCAGUACUUAAUAUAAAUUGUUUUCUUGUUGCCUCUUCAAAAGAGGAAGUUUUAAUGCCUGGAACUAAGUAAAUCAUCUCUUUGGCUAUAAAUAUUCUUUAAGAACAUACAUUCUAUAGCACAAUGGGCUUGGUGUGUUCUUCACAGUUGGAAACUUGUGUGUGUUUAAAUGCAUGAAGGUACACAGGUAAUUUAGUCACUGCUCCUGGUGCAUUGUGAUUGCCAAAUUCACAUGUUAAGAAUAACUUGAAACAUUUUAUUUAGCUUCUGUUUAUAAUAAGCCAUUUACAUAUAUUUAUAUCUUAACAUUUAUAUAAUUUGUUCUUUUAUGUGACAAUGCAAGACCAUAUUAUAUUCCCUUUGUGAAAAAAUACAUAUAUAAUUACUGUAAAUACAUAUAUAAUUACUGUAAAUAUACAUUAUUCACAGUGACAUUUAAUGUCCAUCAAUUUACUAUGUUAAUCAAAUCUAACUUUUGUGCUGAUGGCUGUGACACCAAUUGCAAUACUGUUCUGGAUAAAUUAUCCUACAUGUCAUUUUCCACCAUCGACCGGGGUAGUUACCCAGAAAGAAAAGAAACUAGGAACUCUAUCCUCUACUUUCCCCCUCCCCGAUAAGAGGGAGAGGGGAGCCGGCCGGCCUUUCACCACUUCAGUUCUCGUCUCAUGUGCUUGGUGGUUAAUGGUCACAUCUGGCCUCACUUUCUUUUUGUGGAUUUUGCCCUGUAUGGCUACCA